AUGAAGAGGUUAUUCCAUAAUUUCAUUUCAAAUGUUGAUCCUGAAACUCUUGCUUCUUUGAAUUCUGAAAAUUCUGGAACUGUGUUCCCUGAGAUGUUUAACAUUGCCUCAAAUAUGAUUAGCAAUAUGUCACCUGAAGAACUUCAGAAAAUUCUCCAAGUGGCUUCCUCUUUUCAAGGGUCAAACCCAUAUUUUCUAGAGGGGGACUCAGAGAUGAGGAUGAAGAACUCAAAUUCUGGACCACUCCCACCUGAUGUGCCAAAGACUUCUGCUGAUAUGACGAGUAAAAUGUCACCAUAUGAGCUUCAGAAAAUCUUUCAACUUGCCUCUUCUUUGAAAGAGAGAGAUUCAGUUAUAACAGCAAUGACAAUGACAAAUAAGAGGCCUAUAUCCGAUAAAACAUUAAAAGUCUCAGUGCCUUCUGGAGUCUCCUCUGUUAAUAAGAAUCAUGAUGUGGGUGAGAGUAGAUCUUGUAGGUUGCUCUCAGAUUUUGAAAUGGAUCCCUUUCCUCCAAAUUUCCCACCUUCAACUUGUGAUAUGCAAGAUCAGAUGAGAAAUCAAUUGAAAGAUCCAGCAAUGCAGCAGAUGUUUACAUCAAUUAUUAAAAAUAUGAGCCCAGAGAUGAUGUCCACCAUGAGUGAACAAUUUGGAAUGAAGCUUUCACGAGAGGAUCCAGAAAAGGCUCAACAAGUGAUGUCCUCCUUAUCACCAGAGGACUUAGAUAGAAUGGUACCUUCUUAG